AAAUGUCGCGAUUUAAAAUUCUGGAUCUUCUUGUACGUAUCGUACGUAUCAAGACUGCAUCUUGUUGAAUUAAAUGAAGCAGAAAAAGAAAAGCUACGGAUGUGAAAUGGAAGAAACAUUUGACGAGCCGAAUUCGAUGUAAGUGAACCCGUAGUUUGUGCUGACGUACGUUACGUGUUAUGAAAACAAGAUGAAUUUCAAUUUUGCAAAUUGAACAAUGACGAUCCUUCGUGCGGAUAAAAUUUGCCUGAGAAUCUACGACUCUCGAAGUCAGCUUUAAUUGCGCGACGAACAGAUCCAUACGUACGCUCUGUAGCAUCGUUUGAAUAAACUCGUGGAGCUAAUUUACGAUCUGUAAAAUAACGAGGGAAAUCUUUGUCGGGAAAUUGCCACUUAUUUUCUUGCUACAUGUUAGCAAUAGGUGCACGGUAUUGGAAAGGUCAGCAGGACUGGCCUUCUCGGAUGUAAACUGGUGGGGAACACCCGACCAUAAAACUUUCCAUCUCUCUCGCAGAUCCCGUUAAUACCGUCUUUGCAGGUGACUGAAAACAGUGAGCCACCAAGAAUGAAGUAUUUAACAUCAGGAAUCUUCCUGUGCGCGUUUCUUGGCUUCGCGUUGGGCGACGUGGAGUCGGAGUUUAAAAAGGCGAAUAUCGAGCCCGACAUCAUAGACAAAGCGCCGACUGAUAAGAUAGAGGUCAAGUACGGCGACAAGGUGGUCGAUUUAGGGACCGAGUUGACGCCGACCGAGACCCACGAGAUACCCGAAAUACACUACAAACACGAGGGCGGAGUGCUGUACACGCUCGUUAUGACAGAUCCCGACGUGCCGAGGAGGGGAGGAUACAAUCGAGAAUUCCGUCAUUGGAUCGUCGGGAAUAUACCGGAGGAGAACGUGGCGAAGGGUGAGAUCCUGGCGGAAUACGUCGGCCCUGCCCCGCCUAAGGACACCGGCAAACAUCGUUACGUAUUUCUCGUCUACAAGCAGAAUCAGGGCUCGAUUACUUUCGACGAGAGGAGGCUGAGCACCUGGGACGGCAACCAGCGGAAGAGGUUCUCCGUGAAGAAGUUCGCGGAGAAGUACGAUCUGAAGGGUCCGAUCGCCGGUAACUUCAUGAAGACGGAGUACGACGAUAACGUUCCCUCUUAUCACAAACACUUGGGUUUCUGAUUUCAACCCGCAAAUGGAUGAUCCGAACUGAAUUUCUUCGGAGAUACGUGACAGAUAUACAUACACACGGAAAAAAAGGUGUCUUUAUAUUUAGUAUUUCUAUUUAUUUCACUGAGAUUUCUUUCAUAGGAACAACAUGCGCGAAAUAUUAUUCGUUUGGGUAAAAAUUCUAUUGUCUCAUUCGAGAAAACUCGAUGAUUCAAUAGAAAGAACGCUAUUAUUUCAAGCAAUAUCUUUUAACCGGAUAAAAUAUUAUCCGGUUACGAUAAAUAUGUAAAA